CUCCCAGGAUAAAAACUGGGGUGACCUGCAGGGAACCCUGCACACUCCUGCUGGCCAGCACAGAACAGCUGACUAGGCUGUGAUCCCACCCCUGUCCGACAUGCUUGUUUCCAGAACCCCCCGAGUCCUGGGUGGGGGCUGUCUCAGGAUCUUAACCUCCCUGCUGCUUCUGGCUUCUACAGCCAUCCUUGGUGCUGCCGAGACACCUGUGCUCCCAGCCUGUGGGAAGCCCCAGCAGCUGAACCGGAUUGUGGGUGGUGAAGACAGCGCAGAUGCCCAGUGGCCCUGGGUUGUGAGCAUCCAGAAGAAUGGGACCCACCACUGUGCAGGCUCCCUGCUCACCAGCCGCUGGGUGAUCACCGCCGCCCACUGCUUCAAAGGCACUCUGAACAAGCCAUUUCUGUACUCUGUGCUGCUGGGUGCCUGGCAGCUGGGGAAUCCUGGCCCAAGGUCCCAGGAGGUGGGUGUUGCCUGGGUGCACCCCCACCCUGUGUACUCCUGGAAGGAGGGUUCCCGUGCGGACAUCGCAUUGGUGCGCCUCGAGCACCCCAUCCAGUUUUCUGAGCGAAUCCUUCCCAUCUGCCUGCCUGAUUUCUCUGUCCGUCUCCAUCCGCACAUGGACUGCUGGAUUGCAGGCUGGGGGACUGUCCAUGAUGGAGUGCCCCUGCCCCACCCUCAGACCCUACAGAAGCUGAAGGUUCCCAUCAUCGACUCAGAAAUCUGUGGUCGCCUGUACUGGCGAGGAGCUGGGCAGAGAGCCAUCACCGAGGAUAUGUUGUGUGCCGGCUACCUAGAGGGGGAACGGGAUGCCUGUCUGGGCGACUCCGGAGGCCCCCUGAUGUGCCAGGUGGAGGGUACCUGGCUGCUGGAGGGCAUCAUCAGCUGGGGCGAGGGCUGUGCGGAGCGCAACCGACCCGGCGUCUACAUCAGCCUGGCCUCCCACCGUUCCUGGGUGCAGAGGAUCGUGCAAGGGGUUCAGUUCCGCGGAUACUCUCAGGGGAGCGGGCCAUCGGGGUUUAGAAUACAAGGAUACAGGGAGGCCCGGGGCACCCCAGCAGCCUAAACACAGGCAGUUUCCUCAGUUGUAAAUAAGCCAUCUACCUCUGGAGGGCGCCCGCGUGCUGGCUCAGGGUUGCUUCCUCUGGGAGACCCCGACCUCACCCCGACACCCCCACACCCGACUCAGGUUCCACCCACUGGGGCCAAGAGCGCCUUCAUGUAUAUACGUUCGUGAUUUUUACAGUUAUUUGUAAGGCUGCCUGCACAUUUUAUUUAUUCUCCCAAAUUUCAAUAAAUUAUUAUCCAGGUCCUGUUUUUUUCCCCUUGAAUGGAGACAUUGGGAAGCAGGGGUGCAGUUGGGGUUAAAAUGGGGGCAGCUAGGGUCAUGCCCACCUGGGAUUCAACAUCCUAAUUCCAGACCUUUGUUUUGUCCUUCCCUGCAAAAGAGGCUGGAGACCCAGCCCUGCUACAUAAAAGGUCCCCGAGGGCGUGGGGGCUGCAGGGCCCUUGCGUUUUGGGCUUUCAAACAGGGCUGGGUGGGAGAAACCACUCCCACGAUAGUGCGCUGUCCCCUCCCCUCCCCUCCCCUCCCCCUGUGCUCAGCGGCCCAUCCGGAUUUGAGCUGAGGCAGCUUUGCCUCCGCAGCCCCAGAAGCUGACUCACCAGUGACUCACAGCUGAUUCUGUGAAUCUUCCUUGGAUGCGGUAGGGUUCCAGGGAGUGAGACAGUAGGGUUCCAGGCCCUGCCUCAUCUUGGAUUUGAGUCACCUGCCUGCACCCACAGGGGUGGGGUGAGAGCAGUGUCCUAGGCCACAAGGAGUUCCUGGCUUCCUGCCCUGCAGGGGACCUCCUGUUCCCUUGGGAUGGCCUUUCCCAGCCUUCAUUCUUCUGCAGCUAGGCCGCUGGUCCCCAGGACCAGCCCUGCCCCUCCUUUCCACACAGCCCCCACAUCCGGAGCCUGUCCUGGGCUUUGCUGAAAUAGUUCACGCAAAAGAGAUUCAUUCUAAAGCAAAGUCAAGAAAACAACUAGAUCCAGUCAUGCUGAAAGGGAGAUGUCUCCAAACAGAACCAGUCAGUGAAGUGAGCUUCUGACAAGGGAGUGUAGGUUCUUGUUUGUUGUUUAGUAUCCUUCAUUAGGGGUACUCUUCUAAAAUAUUUGUUCAUGUUGUUUUAAUUACCUUUAGGUUAUUACCAGAUCACAGUAAAUGCUUGCAGGGUUGGUUUUAUGAAAAUAAACAAACAAAUGCUAAA